AGGCCAGGGCCUCUCUCGCUUCCUAUUGGCUGAGGCCAUGCCAUCGUCAGACGCCGUGAUCUCGCGCUCGGAGUCUCGCGAGAUCCAGAUCACAAACAGUGGAUCGCCGUGUUCCAGAGGAUCCCCGGAGAGACUCCCGAUGGCUCCGAAGGCCAUGCUGUGCUAUCCUGGUGAUUGAGGCCAGACUGUUGGUCAGCCUCGGUGCUGACCGUAGCUGUUAGUGCGGCCACAAGGCGGGGGGCAGGAUGGGAGCGGCGGCAUUGGCGUUUAGCAGGAGCAGGAGGCCGGGAGCAGUGGUCAGUCCAACCUUGUUGCUUGUCCUGUUGCUGCUGCUGGGACAUAGAGGCCGUGCUGGAGAAUGUAAAGGGCACCGACAAGAGCUGGCCCAGCAGCCGGGCUACGUGACUGAUGGCCCGGGUAACUACUCCGUCGGCGGCAACUGCGAGUGGCUCAUCCGAGCUCCAAACGGCAGUUUCCGCAUCAUCCUGACCUUCAUGUUCCUGGACACAGAGUGCGCUUAUGAUUACCUCUUUAUUUAUGACGGUGACUCCUACAGCAGCCCCCUGCUUGCUAGUCUCAGUGGGAACACACUGCCUGAACCCAUUGAAGCACAGUCUGGAAAG